AUGGAUGCUGAAGAAGAGCUACGACCUGAGCAAUCAAAUUCACUCUAUGAGUUCAAUGAGCAAUCGUCAGCACUCAAUGUCACGUCUGCAUCACAUUGCUGUGCUACUGAAAGACCAAAUAUGAACAGAAAUUCUUCGAACUCAUUUCUUGCGUGUGUUCUUAAGCUUUCGCAAGAUAAGAAUGAGUGGAAGGUGAACUUUCGUAGUGACGAUAUGCCGUCGGGCAUGGAAAGGGAUGAAGCUCAUUUGCACGGUAAUAAUGCUGAUCACGCGAAUCACGUUAAUCGAAAUGCGAUUAGUGGCGGUUUAUCAAUUGUUCUCAACGUUAUGCGAGUACUGUGCUUCUAUCCAAGUGUUGCCGCCGAACAUCGUAAGAAGCAAUGCAAACAUCGUUGGGUUCGUUCACGUCGUUUCACUGAGAUUGUUUGUGGUUUUGUUUUAGAGAUUAACUCAGUUUGA